AUGUCCACGAAGUUCACACAGACAUUCAAGGGUGAUAAGCGCGAAAACCUUCAACUUAACAACUACUCAUGUGUAAAUCUUGAGAAAGUUAUUCUUGUUUCCAAACCAGACGAUGUUAAAGAAGUUGUAGUUACAAUUUCCUUCUUACCAGUUGCUGAUGGAACAGAAGAGACUGAACAGAAGAUCACUCGUACAAACGAGGAACUUGCCAAAUUCACUGGUGAAACAAAGGAAGUUGCAUGCAACUUCAUGGCUUUGGACGAAAUGGAAGCCUGCGUCUUCACAACAGCUGGCUGCCAAGUCAAGGUCGAGGGCAUUUAUACACAAAUCGAUGAUGAGGAAGAAGAUGACGAUGAUGGUGAUGAUGAUGACGAGUUCCAGCAGGAUGAUUACUCCGAUUAA